AUGAAGAAGAUAACAACUUACAUCAAGGACGGAGGGAUUAUCCUAAACCUUCGGGAUCCCCUAAUCCUUACCCACGAAUCCAAACUUUUCGUUAAAACUGUCGCUGUGUUCUGGUAUUACAAAAACGUUCGCACGGGUUACAACGACUACAUUUCCGUGGAUGGAAAGAAAGUUACGAUGGAUGAAGGAUAUUGGACGUUUAAACAGCUACGAAAAAAGAUGGAGGAAAACGGACUGACGUUCAAGGAAUAUCCAGACGGAAGGGUAAAGAUUGACCUCGAUAGCGGGACAAAGACGGUGGGACUUCGGAAACUCACGGGAAUUUUGGGAUACCGAUCCUCCAACGGUCAUACAUACCUCCAUACAUCAGCGACCGUACCGUAG